GAGCCCAUUGGUGUUAUUUAUCAAUCCCCCCAGUAUUUGCAGUAUGGUACUCCGUUAAGUGGAAGAGAAUAUUUAUCAACAAGAGAAAACAAGUUGACUCCAGUAUCAGAUGCUAAUCAAUCAGUGAUACAGUUACAUUUAUUAUUAGAAGAAUCACUACCAGAACCAACUGACAUCAUCUAUAACACAUGCAGUUCUUGUGUAUCUGAUCCAAUUAAGAGUAUCAUGUGUCGUGUUGACCUGAUGAGUUCUUCAUUCUUAUCAUCUUUCAAAUCAGAUUUAUUUGAAUCUCCUGAUAACUUUGCUCUUGUCCGUCUCCAGCUCACUAAGUCAUUAUAUUACAAGUUAUUAACGUUAAUUAUCACUGAUGAGGAGAAGAAGCAAAAACUAUCAACCAACAAGCAGCUGUCAAUACAGUUAAUGUUGGAACACGAUUAUUUUCAUAAGUCACUUUUUGCACUGUCAGCAGAAAUGGUCUUAUUUUCGUACAGUUCACACAGCAGAGUGUUUCCAUGGAUACUAUCAGUUAUUGAUAUUCAUUGUUAUCAUUUUUAUAAAGUUAUUGAGGUUAUUAUUAACAGUGGAGCCGUCCUUCCCUCGGGCUAUUGUGAAGCAUUUGAGCAAAAUUGAGGAAAUGGUUCUAUCAUCUUUAGCCUGGCAGUCUUGCUC